AUUAAAAGGUUAUGAAGUAGAGUAUAGCCGGGUUUGUUUAUAGUUGAGGUUGAGAAUAGUAGAGAAUAGAAUAGUUGGUAUAGAAAAACAUAAUUAAUAGGAUACUUGAACUGUAUUGAUUAAUAAAUUUUCAUUCGAAAUUGUGCCAAUAAUGGAUGAAGGAAAUACUGCUCAAAUAAUCGGAAUACCAGAUGAUGUGUGUAGACGAUCAGGAUGUGCAGCAGCUUGGGUGGGACCAACUAGAGUUGGAGUUUAUGCUUAUAAACAUGUAAAUGUACAUUCUGAAGAUAAUGUGAGUAAUUUCGCUCCCUGCAAAACAAAAGUUCAUUUUCUAACACCAGAAGUAAUAUUAUUUACUCCUGUUUUACGAAGUCUUGUAAACGAAAGCAAUGGUGUUUUCUUAUCGCUGCAGAAAAUUCAAUUUUCUGAUUCUGGGGACUGCAAAACUGAAUUGUUAAAGCAUAGUAAAAGAUACCGCUCUAUAUUGAGAGCAUGUGUUGAAAACUUACAAGACCUAAGAGAAAAAUCACUUCCAGAAGAGAGAUCUUUGUAUGAAAAUUUUUUGACCAUCUUCUAUCAGAUUGAAUGUAUAUGGCAUUUAACAGAAAUAUUACACGUUGAUGUUAUACCAGGAGACGUAGUUCUUUCGAGGCUACUGGAGUGGGUGAGAUUUCAUUUUCCAUCUCGCGAACUCAGAGCAAUAAAAAUUCUUUCUGAAAAGUCCACUAAAGCUGAUCUAGAAAAUAGUAAUUACUGGGAAGUAGUGAUGGGUUGUGCAUUACAUGGAAAGUUGGAUGUUGUUAGAGACCUUCUCGCACUGCAUAGUAAAAGAGAUCACCCAGCAUUUAUAACAGCAGAGAACAUUCUUAGGACAAUGACAAUAUAUAAUAUUUAUGGUGGAUAUUCUGUUGGUGAAUUUUCUAUUCGAUGGAAAAACUGGCAGAUGGAUUUGUCAUCAAACAUUGAAAACAAAGUCUUUUCUGUUGAACCAAAUUUAGAAGCUCUAAUGAAGUUAGUUGUGGGCAGUGAAUUGUGGGAAUUUUCUGAAUACACGGAUGCUUGGUAUGAACUGCUUGCCGCAAAACUGUUUUAUUCAGUUCCCUGUUGCAAACAACAAGAAUUGGCACGUUACGCAAACGAUAUUGCUGUCAAGUGGCAAGCCAGUACACAUUUAGAUAAUGUGAUUCUCGCUUUAAUGGAAGGAGAUUUACAUCAGGUAAUUGGGGGAAUUCAGUACAUGAAUGACAAUGGUUGGUUUGCAGCUCAUUUAACUGAUUUGCUAUUUCGCUGCGGGCGUUUAAAAAUCCUUGACAAAAAUCAAAAAAACGUUACCUCUCAACUGCACGAAUCCUUAAUUUUAGAAUAUGGAAGUCUUCUAAUGGGGCAUUAUUCUUUAUGGCAAUGUGGAGUCAGUUAUCUAGAACAUUGUCCCCUUCAAGGUUUAUCUCGAUUAGAAAUUCUAUUGCAAUCUAUUCCUCUUGGAAACGAGACAAAAAUUAACAAAAUCAUUGAAUUGGCACGAGAUCAUAAAAUGCAUUCAGUAGUUACCAGUAUUUGCAAAAGCCAAGGAAUGAAGUGUAUUCGUCGAGAAAGGUAUGGCAAUGCUUUGGCGUGGGCUUUAAAAGCCCAAGACGGCCCGUUUGCAACGUAUAUUGCUGACAAAUUUUUAAAACAUUACGCAGAACAUGGUGAAAUACAGUGUCAAGAUGUCCUUGAAAAUUUAGGCAGUUGUAUGCUCGUUAGUGACAGACUUACAUUUUUAGGAAAGUAUUGCGAAUUCCAUCAAACGUACUCUAUAGGCGAAUUUAAGGAAGCAACAGGUUUAUUAAUAUCACUUCUUGCCUCAAAUUUAACUCCGAAAUAUUUUUGGUCAACUCUUCUGACGGAUGCUAUCCCUCUUCUAGAGGCUGAAGAUGUCAUUUUUUCAUCUGACGACAGUUUUGAAUUACUUCGAUGCGUAGAAGUGUAUGCUGAUGAUCAAAAAUUCCACAAUAAAAUUGAAAUAUUUCGCUUAGCAGUGGCUCGCAAUUUAUCUCGAGCCUUAAAUUUAGAAGGUUGCCUGGCGGAUUAAUAAAUUUAAAAAUCAUUUCUGUGUAGAAUUUCAUGAUGAUAAUUUAUAAUUCAAUAAGAUAUUGUCUACCAAGUGCUUUUAAAAUUUAUUUUCACAAGUUGCACACAAAACUGUAACUAUUUUGUAUACUAUAUUAUAACUUCAUUAAAAUUAAUUUUACUAUG